CUGGCGGGGCAGUUGUCGUGCUGGACUCGCUGUGUGUUGAACGCUCUGGUUUUCAUUUCGAAUGCGUGGGAUCGGCUCAAUAAUAUAGACUUAACUCGCCCAAUACCAAAAUAAUCAACUAAUUGCCAUAUUUUGAGAAUUCAUUCCAUUACUCUUGUUUGCGAUCAGUCUGCUCGGAGUCCCAGCCUCAGGAUGUGGUGGCUACUUCUUUCGCUGUCCCUAAUUGCGCCGUCGUGGCAGGAGAAUGCCACAGUGAUCAAUCCAAGUUAUGUGACCAAAGCGGGUUGUGAGGCCUUGGUCAAGGAACCAAAUCUCUGCGAGUGCCAGGAGCAGGAGAUCAAGUGCGAGAACCUUCAAUUGCACAGUGACAAUCUGCAGUUAUACGGCAUAAGCUGUAGCAUAUUCGAUGCCAGGGGAUUCGGUUAUAUACCACCUCUUAAGGUGGGCAAUAUCGGUUCACUGAUCGUCCAAAACUGUGCCAUACCAAAUGCAGAAAGCAUCAAAUACUUGCUCAGUAAGCUGGGUGUUAGCAACUACACCGAACUAGAGAUCUUCAACUAUUUCGAUCCCAAGAAAACCGAUCGAGGAGAGGUCCUGCAGCAACACUACACGGAUCACGAGAGUCUGAAGAAAAUAUCCAUCAUUGGAUUCAAGUCAACACUGCCUGAAAAUUUUUUGGAAAACCUGCCGGCACUACAACAACUCUCCUUAAAGGGAAGCAGUGAUUUGCCCGGUAACAUAUUGCAUCCUUUGAAAAAUCUAACCCAUUUGGAAAUUGUGGUCAAGAAUUUGGGCAAGGUGUCGGGUUCAAUAUUUGCAAAGCAAUCGAAGCUAAAGCAUCUGAUGAUCGACUGCGAUGCCAAGAACAGUAGUGUCGAAAUGUCCGCUUUUGGACCCCAGGAACUCUGGCACAUGACCGAGCUUCAGUCGAUCGAGCUCUUCAAUUGCGGUGAUAAUGUGCCAACCGAGUUGUUCUGGAUGUCGGAGCAAUUGGCAUACAUAGGAAUAAGGAGCAACAUCAGCUAUUUGAGCAAGGACUUCCUCAAGGUGCAGAAGAAACUGCUCACUUUGAGAUUGGAGAGGAACAAUAUUGCCAGGCUGCCCGAUCAGCUUUUCAGGAAUACUCCCUUGAUUUUAGAGAUUCACUUGGCGUUCAAUAAUUUGGAUCGCAUUCAGAGCGGCCUUUUUGACAAGUUAAAGAACCUACAGGUGCUGAACCUGGAGCACAAUCCAAUAACCACCAUUGCCCUGAAUGCCUUUACUCCCAUACCAACUGCCCAUAUAUACGUGGGCAAACUCUUUAAGGCGGCGAAAAAUAAUGCCGACUGGGCUCGAUCCACAAAUGCAACAAUCUGCGAGGAGGAGUACAUCUACGGGGUGUGCAUCUACUGCAAACGAGAUGAGUAUCUGGACCACUUUGCCGACUCGGAGAACUGCAACAAGCCAAAUCCGAAGGCCAAGGAUGUGCUGGCCAAGAAGGCCUACGAGAAUCAGCUGAAGGCGAUGCCAACGCACUCCUGGAAAAAGGCCAAGGAAUAUCCCGAGGAGGAAGAGCAGCCCUAAGCUCCGAACGCUUCGUUGGGAUUUUACGCAUCAGUACUAACUAGUAUAUGGAUUUCUGAAUAGCUUAUUUCUGAGACUAUAAUGAGAUUAAAAUAGGCUGAAGCUAGGGGAAGCGGAAAGGACGUUGUUGUUUCCCGAAUAGAAGUAUCUUUUGAAAUAUAACACGAUUUUCAUUUUUAGUUCAAAAGUUUUCUCAUAGUUUCUGAAAAACGAAUCUUUAAAGACUAUAAUUUUAUGUUUGCUGAUUGUAAGAUGUUAAAAUCGAAACGCUGGAACUAUUACUGUAUCAAUAAACCUAUGAAAUAAAAAUCUUGAAACAUA